AUGAAGUUCUUCGCUAUUUUGUUCCUUCUGUGCGGAAUUUUAGGACUCGCUCUGUCUGCCUCUUCUACCACAUUAUCUUCGGAUUUCAAUGACUAUGGCUCAGAUACCGUUACCUCUACUGAGGUACCAACUACUACAACUAGUGCUCCUCCGGCACAAGAUCCAUGUGGAAGCGGACCCAAAGGACCCUGCGGACUGCCACCCUGUGUAGGCGCAAUUGGUGGUGCUUGUGGCAAGAAACUUUACUUCUUCUUCUAAAAAAUUAACUUAUUUUCGGGACCAAGAAAACAUAAAAUGAAAUUUUAACCUUAACAAAUUGUUUUACUAAUAAACAUGUGACACCGUAACAG